AUGGCCUUUGACCCUCGAAACCCCGACGUCGCAAGGCCUACCUUGCCCGAUCUUGAUUCCCAAGCCUCGACUUCCACCAUAGAGGACGGCACGUCAAGCCUAGGAAUAAAAGAAGGACAGCAGCCCAGCCUGACCAGCCAAACAAAAGAAGGCGAUCUCGAAAUACAACACACCCGAAUCCCACGCCCACAGAAUACCCUCCGCGAGGCCCUGUUCAUCACUGUCAUCUGCUCCUCUCAACUCCUCACCCAAGCCGGUCUCGCCCAGUCGAUCGUGCCUCAACACGUCAUCGCCUCCAGCUUCGACCUCGAUAAGCAGCCCUCCCAACUAAGCUGUCGGCACAUUCAUCCUCAUCGCUGGACGCUUGGCGAUGUCUUCGGCCACAAGCGCCUCUUUAUCGGAGGCUUUGCCUGGUUCGCUGUAUGGUCUGCCAUUGCUGGCUUCUCGGUGUACAGCAGCGGACCAAUUCUGUUCGAUAUUUGUCGCGCCAUGCAAGGUAUCGGUCCGGCUUUCUUGCUGCCGAAUGCGAUCGCUAUGAUUGCGAGGACCUAUGAGCCCGGGAUGAGACAGAAUCUGAUCUUCUGUCUGUUCGGCGCAACUGCGCCGGGCGGAUUUGUGCUUGGUGCUGUUUUUACGGCGUUGUUAGCACAGAAGGCGUGGUGGCCGUGGGCGUACUGGAUCAUGAGUAUGAUCUGUAUUGCAUGCACGGUGCUGGCGAUCGUCAUUAUUCCAGCAACGCCGCCACCGACGCUUGAAGACCUGGACGAAGCCGGCAAGGAGGGCAGGUCAGGCUUGUGGGAACAGAUCGAUGUCCUUGGCUCCCUUACUGGCCUUGCCGCACUCGUGCUCUUCAACUUCGCUUGGAACCAGGGCCCCGUCGCUGGCUGGAAGCCAUACACGUACAUCAUCCUGAUAAUCAGCGUCCUCGUCUUCGCCAUGUUUAUCUUCGUCGAGAAGCGGAUAUCCACACACCCACUCAUUCCCUUCGGCGUCCUGGAAGGCGGCUCGUUCUUCACUCUAGCAUGCAUCUCAGCGGGGUGGUCGAGCUUCGGCAUCUUCGUCUACUACAUGUGGAACUUUCUCGAGAUCUUGCGACACCACAGCAUCCUCCUCAUAUCUGCUCAAAUCACACCCAUCGCCAUCAGCGGUCUGUGUGCCGCGCUCACCACAGGUUUCAUCCUCAAUACUUUCCGCCCCUCGACUGUGAUUCUCAUCUCCAUGACAGCGUUCUUCGCUGGAGGCGUCGUCCUGGCGACCAUGCCGGUUGGACAGACUUAUUGGGCACAGACCUUCAUCGGCAUAAUCAUCUUGCCCUGGGGCAUGGAUAUGUCGUUUCCAGCUGCGACCAUUAUUCUCAGUCGUGCCAUGCCGAAGCGACAUCAGGGUCUGGCGGCUUCCCUGGUCAAUACGUUCGUCAACUACUCCAUUUCGAUUGGCUUGGGAGUUGCUGGCACAGUCGACUCGCAAGUCAAUCAGCAGGGCAUGGAUAUUCUUGGUGGAUAUCGUGGGGCGCUGUACACUGGCGUUGGUCUCGCGGGUAUGGGUGUUGUUAUCGCAUUGAUGUUUUGUCUUGUGGAUAGGAAUCGUGCUGGCGAGGAAGCCGAGAGUCCUGCGUAG